UUGAACAUUGUUGGAUGAGAAAUCUAGAAGGAAACUCACCUGCAGACGCCUAAAGAUGAAGAUCAGAGUGGUCCAAAUCUGGGGAUUUUUAAUGACCGUGUUAGGCUGGAUCUUUGUGGCCUGCACUAUGGCUAUGGAAGGCUGGAAGAUAGCCUCAGUUGGUGGUAUGGGUGGUUCGGCCAUCAUCAAAGUGGCAUGGCACUGGUCCAGCUUAUGGAGAAAAUGCUUCACCGAUUCAACUGCAGUCAGUAAUUGCCAUGAUUUCCCUGUGCUCUGGUCUGUGGAAGGGCACGUUCAAAUAGUGCGAGGCCUACUGAUGGGAGCUCUUUCUCUGGGUAUGCUGGGGUUCGUACUCAGCCUGUUGGGUAUGGAAUGCACCCAUAUUGGGGGUAAAGACCCUUCAAAGUACAAGAAGAUCUUUACGGGUGGAUUGUGCCACAUCAUCAGUGGUGCAUUGUCCACAUGUGGGUAUGCCGUGUAUUCAGAUUACGUCAUAAUCAAAAACUUCGAUUCUAGCCUGACUGGACUCGAGUAUGGCCUUGGCACUCCGUUGUUCCUUGGCUGGGUGGGCUCGGCCUUUCACAUGACUGGUGGUUUUUUCUAUCUGUGGUCAGUAUGCACGCCGCUCUGUGGAAGAAGAGAAAGGGUAAUUAAGGUAAAACCACAGCCAGACCUGGAGAAAAACAAGCCCACCACAGCCUCUUCUGAAGUAUCAGAGGUCACCUCCAAUACCAAACUGUCGUCCAUCUCUGAGCUGCCGUCCCGGUCUGACCGUUCGGAUGUAUCCUCCUUGUCUUCCAAAUCGGCACACACGUCCAAAUCUGGGCGUACGGCCGGGUCGGGCCGGUCGUCCGUGACAGGACGGACCCCGGGAUCAAAUGGAACCUCUAAAUAUGGUUUGGGAUCCAGAUCAGGGUCCGAGUACCAAUCACGCCUGUCCUUAGAGUCCAGCCUGUCUACUUUGUCAGAAUCAAGGAGCAGCAGUCGGAGCAGUCGGAGCAGCCGCACAGUGUCCUCGCUGUCUGGCAGUUUGAGAAACGGAGUUACACCUUUUGUCAAAAACUCCUACAUUUGAACUGAUAAAUUAAAAUGUCGAAUGUCAAAAUUACUUCGUAAACAACUUUACGAAUGUUUCUGACAAAUUUUGAUUAAGUUACCAGAUGCAAGCUAACUGAAUCAUUACCUUAUGAAUGUUAGCCGUUUUAUGUUAAGCAAUUGUCUUUGAUGAGCUGAGUUUUAUUUUAAUGCAAUAACCAUGUACUUGUAAUCUGAAACAUCUAAAAAACAAAGGGUUAAUUCAAGCGUAAAAGCUAGGUAGCUGUAGCCAAACUAGCUAAUUUGGCUAGCUAAACUAGCAAAUGUUUGACUGCUGCUAGCAGGUUGGCUACAGCUGCUAGUUAGGCCAAAAAUUGCUUGGCCUUCCCUUGACAUUUUAAUGGUACGUUCCCUUUAUACACCGACAAAUUGUUGAUUUUUUUAGUCACAAAUACAACAAAAAUUCCUCUUGAUGUCAGAAAUCCAAUUGUGUAAGUCAGAAUGUUCCUACAAUCAGAGUCCAAUAUGGCUGCCCCACAUACAGAAAGUGGAAGUUGCCCACACGGGAAAUUCCACUUCUUAUUGCAAGAUCCAAGCUGAAUAACAAGGUCAAGAAAUUCAGUAUUAGCCUCUUUAUAAUUGAAAACAUGCCUGUUCAAAAUCUGCAUAUUACUAAGUUGUUUAUUUUUUUGUGUGUUUCUUGGGCAAAUUUUAACAUGCUAACUCAAUAGACUGUAUUUAUGCUGUAAAUUUUUUUUUUGUUGAAAAUGUUUUAUUUGAACAUCUCAUAAAGAUUUUACGCUAAUUGCUUAUAACAAUUCCACACAACCCCAAUUGAAAACCAGCAAAUCAAUUACUCUAAUGAAAAUUACACCUGUUGAAAUUGAAUGUGAAAAACUUUACUAGUGAAUGUUUUGUAGUAAUAAAAUCUAAAAAUUGCUAUAAGUGUUUCUAUUUUACUGUUAUUCAGAAAUUCAAGCAAAUGCC